AUGGGUCAGACACUGUCAGAGCCCGUCGUCGACAAGAAAUCCGACGAAGGCCAGGAUGAUCGAGUUUGCUUUGGCGUCAGCGCCAUGCAAGGAUGGAGAAUAAGCAUGGAGGACGCACACGCCGCUGUCCUCGACCUACAACCCCUCGAAGGCGACGAAGAGCUCAAGCCAGCAGCCUCGGACGUGCGGAUAUCGUUCUUCGGCGUGUACGAUGGGCACGGUGGUGACAAGGUCGCACUCUACACCGGCGAGAACCUGCACAAGAUUGUGGCAAAGCAGGAAUCUUUCAAGAGCAAGGACUUCGAGCAGGCGCUCAAGGACGGCUUCCUCGCCAUUGACAGAGCCAUUCUGAGUGAUCCGAAAUACGAAGAAGAGGUUUCAGGCUGCACUGCUUCUGUGGGCAUCGUCACAAAGGACAAGAUCUACGUGGGUAACGCUGGUGACUCGAGAUCAGUCCUUGGCAUCAAGGGCCGGGCUAAACCCCUCUCUUUCGACCACAAGCCCCAGAAUGAGGGCGAAAAGGCGCGGAUAUGCGCAGCCGGCGGAUUCGUCGACUUUGGCAGAGUGAACGGCAACCUCGCACUCAGCCGAGCCAUCGGAGAUUUCGAGUUCAAGAAGAGCGCGGACCUACCCCCGGAGCAGCAAAUCGUGACUGCAUUCCCCGAUGUCACCACUCACGACCUUGGAGAGGACGACGAGUUCCUCGUCAUUGCCUGUGAUGGUAUCUGGGAUUGCCAGUCUUCGCAAGCGGUCGUUGAGUUCGUACGACGAGGUAUCGCCGCAAAGCAAGAGCUGCACUCCAUCUGCGAGAACAUGAUGGACAACUGCCUGGCGUCCAAUUCGGAAACCGGUGGUGUGGGUUGCGAUAACAUGACGAUGAUCGUCAUUGGUCUUCUGAAUGGCAAGACCAAGGAAGAGUGGUACAAGAUGAUUGGCGAUCGAGUCGCGAAUGGAGACGGGCCUUGUGCGCCUCCCGAAUAUGCUGAAUUUAGGGGUCCUGGCAUGCACCACCGCUUCGACGACUCACCGGAUGACUAUGAGAUGGACAUGGAUCAGAGAACAAGAAUGCUAGGUCGGCAUGGUCGAAUCAUACUUCUCGGUGACGGUACUGAGAUUUUGACAGGCCAUGGCCCCGAUCACGACGGCGAUGUCGAUAUGGAUGAGCGAGGUGACGUGGAGGAAAUCGAAGGGUCAGAGGACGAGAAGGAUGAUGAGCAGGUGCAGAAGAAGCCGAAUGGGGAUGCCGAGAAGGACCGAAGCCAGCGAGAGGAAACACCAGCUCCGGGCAACGAGAUUUCACAGAAGGUGGAAGAGUCGAAGCAGCGCUUGACCGAGGCCGCUAAGCCGGAAGAUCCAUCGACGAUGGCAGCGACGGACAGCGCGGACUCGAAGAAGCUGGCUGAGGCGAAGUAA